AAAAUGUAGCUAGCUAAAAUCUGUGCAUGACAGUUGAUGGUACGUGAAGUGUACAGAGAGACGCAGGGUUGCCAGGUGAAGUUAAAAUGUUGAGCCCAUGACCACUCAAAACCUGCCCAAAAGGCUUGGAAAAACUAGCACACAUUUUUUUGACAGCAUGGGAGGAGUUGCCAUAUCUCUACAAUAAAUAUUUUUCCGUAACGUUAUUGAGCCAAUUAAGAAGGAAUAUCAUAGUAACUUGUAACGACAUUAGAAGUAAAAUUCGGGUUUCCUCUAAAUAAUAAUAAUUGCAAGUUAUGACAUUGCAACCUCUUAAGGAUUGGACCCUUUAAAAAUGUAUUUUGCCUAAAAUGACAUACCCAAAUCUAACUGCCUGUAGCUCAGGACCUGAAGCAAGAAUAUGUAUAUUCUUGAUACCAUUUGAAAGGAAUAUAACACAUUAGGAGAAUAAUUCACAUUAGAUCUGGUAAAAGAUAAUACAAACGAAAAAAACAUGUUUGUUUUAUUUCCCCCCCAUCUUUGAAAUGCAAGAGAAAUGUCACAAUGUAUUAUUCCAGGUUAGGUGCAAUUCAGUAUUUGCCAAGUUUUAGACUGAUCCAAUUAACCAUUGCAUUUCUGUUCAAAAUGUUUUAUCAAGAUAGCCCAAAUGUGCCUAAUUAGUUUAUUAAUACAUUUUAAAGUUCAUAACUGUACGCUCUCCUCAAACAAUAGCAUGGUAUUUUUUCACUGUAAUAGCUUCUGUAAAUUGGACAGUGCAGUUAGAUUAACAAUAAUUUAAGAUUUCUGCCCAUAUCAGAUAUGUCUCAGUCCUGGGAAAUGUUCUCGUAACUUAAAAUGUCAUGCUAAUCACAUUAGAUCACGCUAGCUCAACCAUCCCGAGGUGUAUGGUAUAUGGCCAAUAUACCACGGCUAAAAUGGCUGUUCUUAAGCAUGACACAAUGCGGAGUGCCUGGAUACAGCCAUCAGCCAUGGUGUAUUGGCCAUAUACCCCAAACCCCCGGGGUGCAUUAUUGCUAUUAUAAAAUGGUUACCACUGUGAUUAGAACAGUAAAAGGUAAUGUUUUGUAAUACCUGUGGUAUAUGGUCUGAUAUAGCACAGCUUUCAGCCAAUCAGCAUUCAGGGCUCGAACAAGGUUUAUAAAUGUAUAUAAAUCCCCUUUGCGCAUGUGCAUAACUAUAAAUAAAUCCGACAGGAAAUCUCUGAGCAAGAAACACUUGGAUGAACAUUUAAAAAAAACUGUUAGGCUAUUUUCUGGCAAUUAUGUGCCAGAUAUUAAGACUACAAACCGUUAUAAAUGGCCCAUUUGCAAGAUUGACUUGUAAUUUCAAUAGGCAUAGGCUACAGACUAAAGUCUGGGUUUAUGAAUGCAAUUACAUUUUGCUGUAGUUUGCUUAGCUUAAGGCAGGUAUCCUAUAGCCCCUGAUAGGCCUACAUCUCAUUUCAGAUAGUCUACAGUAUCCUAGACAACAUGUAGGCAAGAUAUAAACUGAACGAUUUAGCAGCUUGCUUAGUUCAAAUUAAGACAAAUUUAUUAAUGAAUAGUGAGGCGAUUUUGCAAUAAGAGGUGCUUGUUUACCAAUAGCCUGCUUGAAUAGGCUGCUGAGGAUGGGGUCAUAAUUUCAAUCAAUGAAUUACAUUUUAAUAAUAUGUAUAUGAACUGAAUAUGCUUGUCAACAACAGCCAGUGUUUAUUUUAAAACUUUUUUUUUUUUUUUUUCCUGUAGCCUAAUCUGACAACUGUUACGUCAAUCUAAUGCGUUCAUAAUAACACAAGGCUACAACAACAAACUGUCGUAGGCUAUUUAUUAAAUUGCUUUGCCAGGUCCAGGUAGGCUACACAGGUGACACAUUGAUUUGCAAUGACUCCAGUGAUAUUGUCAUUUCAACAUAUUUAUUGUAUGAAAUGGUAGCCUACAAUGGCAUAUAAAUUUAAUAGGCUACUUGAUGGCCAGCAGAGGCAAAUGUAUAAUUCUACACAUUUAGCCUAAUGUCAGUUGCAUUGAGGACUUUUCUACAUAAGAAGAACCACGUGAAGGAGUUUCAUAACUUCCAUUUCAAAUUUCCACUCGGGUAGCCCCGGAGACCCAAGAACUGAGCGUACAAUAAGCACUUUGCUUGAUACCUUUUUCUCUAAGCAGUCAACAUUCAAAUGUAGUUUUUUUAUUUUACCUUUAUUUAUACUGUUUUUUUAUCAUUGAGAUAAUAUCUGUUUUCCAAGAGAGACCUGGUCCAGAAUGCAGUUUAAACCACCUCUGAGCGAAUUUAUGUAAUGCACUCUAGUGCGCCCAAAGCCGUUUUCCAGUGCUUUUGUAACUGGUUCUAUACCGGUACCUUUCUGCAUUGUGUUCUGGUGAGUUUUAGGUGGAAGGGAAGGGAAAGCUCUGGACACAAUUCUGCUGGUUGUCUGUAUUUUUUUAAUGGCUGCAUGGAAUGGAUACAAAUGCAAGGCAAAUGUUAAUGCUGCCGUCUGGACUCAUACACAUGUAUAUUUGCCUCUCCUCACCACGCUUUGAGCAAACUGACAACAAAAAAAUGCAUCGUACAAAAUGUACAUGUUCAUAUUUUCAAAAGACUCAAAUGUCAUUUUAUUAAAGUUGUACACCAAUAUACAAAUAAUUUGCUUAUAAGUACUAUUUAUUUGAAUGUACUAUUAUACCCCAGGCAUACUAAUGAGGCAACGACACCAUUCCUGACAUGACCAGACAGUUAACAAAAUGAAUGACAGCUAACUAGGCACAUCAAACAUGAAAUACAAAAAUGUCACAUUUGACAACAUACCUUUAUUUAUUUAUUUUAUUUCACCUUUAUUUAACCAGGUAGGCAAAUUGAGAACACGUUCUCAUUUACAAUUGCGACCUGGCCAAGAUAAAGCAAAGCAGUUCGACACAUACAACAACACAUAGUUACACAUGGAGUAAAACAAACAUACAGUCAAUAAUACAGUGAAAAAUAAGUCUAUAUACAAUAUGAGCAAGUGAGGUGAGAUAAGGGAGGUGAAGGCAAACAAAAUAUAUAUAUAAAAAUAUAAAAAGGCCAUGCUGGCGAAGUAAAUACAAUAUAGCAAGUAUAAAAAAAGAAAAAAGUAGAGAUAGAAAUAAUGGGGUGCAAAGGAGCAAAAUAAAUAAAUAAAUACAGUAGGUAAAGAGGUAGUUGUUUGGGCUAAAUUAUAGAUGGGCUAUGUACAGGUGCAGUAAUCUAUGAGCUGCUCUGACAGCUGGUGCUUAAAGCUAGUGAGGGAGAUAAGUGUUUCCAGUUUCAGAGAUUUUUGUAGUUCGUUCCAGUCAUUGGCAGCAGAGAACUGGAAGGAGAGGCGGCCAAAGGAAGAAUUGGUUUUGGGGGUGACCAGAGAGAUAUACCUGCUGGAGCGCGUGCUACAGGUGUCCUGCUGCAAUGUCAAGGCGGAGCAGGAACAGCCGGGCGUGGCGUUACGUGUGGAGUGGAAUACGGCGAGAUUCUGAUUCCCGGGCGCUGGUACUGGCCUCAGAAAGUGAGGAGUGGGGCUACGAACGCUUACAGUACAGUGACUCAGACUCUGAGCCAGACUACCGUCCCGUGGUGCCACCGGUCCCCAGUGCCGUGCCUGUUACCGGAGAGUCGUACUGCACCUGCGACUCCCAGGCCGAGCCCAGCUACAACCCACGUCUCCGGGGCUUCCACCGCAUCAAAGACUGCCACUGUGGAGAGGAAGACCAGGACUUCGACUGGGUGUGGGACGAUAGUAACCGCUCCACGGCCACGUUGAUGACCUGCGACAACCGCAAAGUCAACUUCCACACGGAGUACAGCUGCGGCACAGCAGCCAUAAGAGGCUCCAAGGAGCUGGCAGAUGGACAGCACUUCUGGGAGAUCAAGAUGACAUCACCAGUGUACGGGACAGAUAUGAUGGUAGGCAUCGGAACCUGUGACGUGAACCUGGAUAAGUACCGACAUACCUUCUGCAGCCUUUUGGGGAAAGAUGACGACAGCUGGGGUCUCUCCUACACUGGUCUGUUACAUCAUAAAGGAGACAAGGUGACCUUCUCCUCACGUUUCGGCCAGGGCUCAAUCAUCGGAGUGCACCUGGACACAUGGCAUGGAACACUCACCUUCUUUAAGAACCGCAAGUGCAUAGGCGUGGCGGCUACGGAGCUACAGAACAAGCAUUUCUACCCCAUGGCGUGUUCCACAGCAGCCAAGAGCAGCAUGAAGGUGAUCCGCUCCUGCUUCACGCCCACUUCCCUGCAGUACCUGUGCUGUGCUCGCCUCCGCAAGCUCCUCCCUGAGUGCCCAGACACCCUGAGCGUACUGCCGCUGCCCCCUGGCCUGCGCCACCUGCUGCACAAUAAGCUGGGCUGGGUCCUCCGCCUCAACAACGGCCUCCUGGGGGCUCCAGGGGGGGGGGGCUUGGGGUCUGACUUGCCCCCUACGCCCCCCUUGGCUGGGGCCUUGUCCUCUGAAAGCGAUGACUCUGAGGGGUGUUCGUCGGACCCUGAGGCAUGUCAGAGGAAGAGAUGUCGUUGGACGUGACGGGAAUCCGAUGUGACCCCCAAUGUAAACACAUGGUGUGUGCCCUAAAUUACACCCUAUUCCUUAUAUAUAGUGCACUACUGGUCAAAGACCCAUAGGACUCUGGUCAAUAGGGUGCCAUUUGGAUGCAGCCAUGAACUGGACUGGAUCCCUGCCCCCCUCCCUGAGACAUACUCAAGUUAUAACCCCUUACACACACACACACACAUAUACACAUGCACACACAUUAACGUUAAUGGUGAUCCCAGGACCUAGGGACAGUGUUGUGGGAACAUUUACUCAAGAUCAAACGAAUGUGGCACUAAGACCUAUGGCCAAACUUCAGUGUACAUUAACAGUAUAUGCAACAACAAUGAUGACAUGAAAUCAAUGAGAAGAGACCAAGUGCAGCAUUAUGUGGAUUGUCACCAUGCUUUCUCCUUGUACAUGCAAUACUGGUUGGAUUGCUAUAAGACUGGCCCAUAAGGCCCUAUUUUAAGUUUCUGUUUUAGCUGACCGAAGAGCGAAGUUGAGUCCAGAGAGUAGUCACAAUUUGUUGCGCUUUCACAUCUCUAUGACAACAUUUAUUUGUUACUUUUUUCCUCCCUCUUUGUUGUGCCUUUGUCUGGUCCUGGCACGAAAAUCCAAACAAUCCAUGUUACAUUAUUAAUGCAAGGUGUAAAUAAGACAAGACUCACACUCAAAAUUUGACAUUUUCUAAAUAGGAGAAAAGGCCUGCUUUGGCGGUAGUCCUGGUCAGAUUUAUUGCAUGUAAAACAUGACCUUCAACAACUAUCCUAGCUGGAAGACCGUCCCUAGAUCAAUGUUGAUGGAGUCUGUCUGACCAAUGGUUAAAGUGAUGCAAUUUGGCAAGAGCUUGCGUUUGUAUGUCAUUAGCUGUUCUCUAAUGACAUCAUAACUUCAUUAAGCUGGCAUUAACACUGGAAUUGAAUCAAAGUUUUGGAAAAUCUAUGGGAAAAUGUCUGUUCUUGCUCUGCAAGAAUACACAGAUCAAGUAAUCCGUUUGACAGUUUUGAAUACUCAGUGAAACAAAGUUAUUUUGUUAAUCAGCACAUUUGUUUCGGAGCAGGAACAAUCUUUAUUAUUUUGUUUAGAUCAGCUUGACAAUAUAUUCCCCUGAAUUAUUUUUGUCAUAUCGACACCAGACAUGGCAUCAACAUGUAUUUUUUAUUUAUUUUUAUUUAUUUUUUAACUAGAUGUUUAGGGGGGGUUCUGAUUUAUUUUUCACUCAAUACUGCCGUCGUGUUGGAGCAGUGAUGACUGUUACACAUACACACACCAUCUAUGUUGAACUGUGAGUUGUCACGCACCAUUCUUAUACUGACCUCCCUGUUAGGCUCUCUUUUUGCUUGAUGGUUGACUCGUUUUGUCAGUUAGACAUUUGAUUUUGUUGUCACGUGCAUUUGGUUGGAACUCCUCUACGUCCAAUGGUUGGGUUGCAGACAGUGUACUGAAUAAAGAAGACAAAGGGGGUAGAAAAGGGUGUCCACAUAUUAUAAUAUAUAAAUAUGUCUGUGUGUUUUAUUAUUUUUCAGUGUACAAUGUUGUUUAUUUUAUGCAUCAAAGCACUUGUGUAUAUACAGUGCAUUUGGAAAGUAUUCAGACCCCUUGACUUUUCCCACAUUUUAUUUCCUAGAGCUGGCCAGACUAGUCUUGGUGGUUCCAAACUUCUUACAUUUAAGAAUGAUGGCGGCCACUGUGUUCUUCAAUGCUGCAGACAUUUUUUGGUACCCUUCCCCAGAUCUGUGCUUCGACACAAUCCUGUCUCGGUAACUCUACGGAAAUUCCUUCGACCUCAUGACUUGGUUUUUGAUAUGCAUUGUCAACUGUGGGACCUUUAUAUAGACAGGUGUGUGACUUCCAAAUCAUGUCCAAUCAAUUGAAUUUACACAUUUUCGGGGCUCCCGAGUGGCACAGCGGUCUAAGGCACUGUAUCUCAGUGAUAGUGGCGUCACUACAGACACCCUGGUUCGAAUCCAGGCUGUAUCACAACCGGCUGUGAUUGGGAGUCCCAUAGGACGGCGCACAAUUUGCCAGCGUUGUCUGGGUUUGGCCGGUGUAGGCCGUCAUUGUAAAUAAGAAUUUGUUCUUAACUCACUUGCCUAGUUAAAUAAAAGUUAAAUAAAACAGGUGGACUCAAAUCAAGUUGUAGAAACAUCUCAAAGACGAUCAAUGGAAACAGGAUGCACCUGAGCUCAAUUUUUAAGUCUCAUAGCAAAGGGUCUGAAUACUUAUGUAAAUAAGGCAUUUUUUUUUUUUUUUUUAUACAUUUGCAAAAAUGUCAAACUUUUUUUCGCUUUGUCAUUAUGGGGUAUUGUGUUUUUUAAAUCCAUUUUAGAAUAAGGCUGUAAUGUUGCAAAAUGUGGGGGGAAAGUGAAGGAGUCUAAAUACUUUCUGAAUUCACUGUAUAAAUGGGAUAUAUAAAUGGAUCUUCUAUGUAAUGUUCAUACUGUAUGUAUAGGCCUUUAUUCUUCUCUUUCUCUCUAAUAAUGUCUUUCUCUACAAUAAUCUAUAUCGAAAGCAUGGCCUUUAACUGAAACUAAGAUGAAUAUGUGAAAUAUGCACAGAACUGUUUUUCUUAUUCUAAAAAAAUAGUCAGAGGCUCAUGGUGCUUUUUGCUUUUCUUUUUCCCCCUGGUUCAAGCAAAUGUUUAAUCUUUAAUAAUAUUUAACCUUUACAUUCAGUAUUCUCUACUCUAUUAAGAUUUAUAUUGUUAUAGCAACCUGUUUGCACACCAAUGUUCCUCCAGGAAAUAAGGAUUAAGUAAGUAAUGUUUGUGCAUGUCUGUUGGUCUAAAGAACCUACAAUGGCACAAAAUGCAUCAACAUCAAAUAAAAUACAAAUGAAAACCUUC